AUGUUGGCUUCGGCCGAUCUGACGUCGUACAAGUUGGGAUACAGCUCUAACGACCUGGGCACCGUCGAGCUUGACGCACCUGCACUAGGUUUAAUCAAAGACUGCGACCCACUGCCGUCCAGUUACCUGGUCACCGGUUCCACACCAGCGCCGCUCAUGCGCACCGCGGUCGAAAUCGAACCAGCUCGCAUCAUGUCCAUGACCCCGUCACCGAUCAUUUCCACAGCCUCCGAGUUCGUCUCCGUGUCCACCCCGGCACCGAUCCUGCGCUCUGCGAUUGAUAUCGAACCCACCCGCAUCAUCGAGUCCGCUCCACUGAAGUUGGAGUCCAAAAUCAUGGCUAGCCCAUUGUUGAGCGCUUUCCGUCCCGCACUCGCAACUUUUGACUCGACUGCGUGGCAGGCCAGUUUGGAAAACGCUUCCCCGGCCCCGAUAGCCUUGAAGACGAUAACCAGAACCGCGAACGUUGAACCUACGAUCAUCAGCUCGGGAUUGACAGCUUUGCCCGCCGUCCGCACCCAAUACGCCUUAGCCACCGCCGCCCCGCAAGUCGAGUCCAAGAUUGUUGUACAUAAUUCUGCUCCGAUCGCCAGGCCGUUGUCCACCCGAAUCUUGCCACUGCCAUCCAUUUCUUCGUCAUACUCGUACGCCCCGAAGACAUACGCUUCUUCAUACCUCAACUCGUACACAGCACCUCAAUACUAUUCAAGCGCAUCUAAAUUGUUAGCUGCUCCCCAGUACUACUCGUCUGCUGCAUCCUACGCACCUCAAUACUACUCGUCUGCUGCAUCCUACGCACCUCAAUACUACUCGUCUGCUGCAUCUAUCGCACCUCAAUACUACUCGUCUGCUGCAUCUAUCGCACCUCAAUACUACUCGUCUGCUGCAUCUAUCGCACCUCAAUACUACUCGUCUGCUGCAUCUAUCGCACCUCAAUACUAUUCGGCCGCACCCAAAUACUCAUCCUUAUCAGUAGCCGCCGACGAACCAUGUGACAAAUAG